AUGCCAUUGAAGGGAUGUAAACUCUACUGGCCUAUGCUUAGCUAUCAUAUUGAUGAUCGUUAUGAUAAGGAUCUCAUACAAGUACAGAACCCAAAAGACAAUGAUACCUUUGAAGUAAGCGAUGAAAAUGUUCUUUAUUCUGGUGGAUUAAAUGCAACAUUUCUCAAAUUUACUGGAGAGAGAAGACGGUAUGUUGAAACAGAUGUUAAACCCGGCAAGGAAUAUGAUAAAAAAUUUGCCAUUAGUAUGAUUUUUAAAUCGUCUUUAAGUAAUGGAACACUCUUCCACUACAAAGCAAAUUCUAAUUCGACAGAAAUAAAAGAAGUAAUAAUUCUACUGGAAAAUGGAGUGAUCAAAUCAUGGAUAGUGUGCUCUUCCCCAAUUAAAUGUUCGACCGUGGAAGAAAAUGAAAAUCUUUCUGAUUCAUGGAGAAGUUAUCUGGUUGAAUAUAACUUUGAUGGAAAGAUUGAACUAGAUGGAAAUGCUCGUAUUGGAGGUUCAUUUGACAAUCCUAUUGGGGAAUUUGUUGGUGUUUUUCAGUGUGUAUCUAUGGUGCAUGAUGCACAUAAAAAAGCAAAGGAACGGAAUAAAAAUUGCGACUAUAAAGAGAUUGAAGAAAAGUUAUCUAAAGGAGAAAAACACAGUAGACCUUCGACUGAAGUAUCAGUGACAUCAAUUUGGCCACUCAACAACCGUUCAUGUGGUUAUGAAGCAACAAAAGUUGUUAAACCCGACAGCACCCCUGGUUCAUGCAGUAGCUGGAUUUCCCUAUCAACUUCAAUGGUUGGUUUGGAGGAGCCAUCAGUGGCAACUUUAAAAUCCACAGAUUACAUCAACACUACAAUUAGUGAUAAUUGGUCGUUUGAUCGAUUUAGUAUUGCAAUCUUUGUUCAAGUAUCAAAAGUAACUGAUAAGCCUGAUAAACCAAUUAUACAUGUUCGUUUUCCUUAUGGUUACUUUGAAAGUCUAACAGUUAAAAUUGAUAAGAACAACAAUAUAAUAAUACUAUUGUCAACUGAAGAGACAAUUUCUCAAAAUAUUGGUAACAUGGCAACUUGGCACUUCAUUGCUGUCCAAUAUAAUCAUGACUGGGAGGAACUAUCUCUAAUUAUUGAUGAUAGGUUUUAUAAAACGGAUUUUCCUACAAAUAAUUCAACUUCCUAUACGACAUCUGAUGUUAAACUAGACAUUGGUGGUUUUGAAGGAAACAUUGCUUGUGUAACCAUAUUUAGUACACCAUUGAGUGAAAACACAGCAUCUGAUCUGUUAAAACGAGAAUGUAACAAAGAAAGGAUCUUCACUGUACCUACUGCAGAUGCUCCCGAGCCUGUACAAGGUGCAAGUGAACUGUUCCAAAUUACCACUAACUUUUAUAUUUUCUAUUCUUUAGUUGAAGAUGCUCCGGAGCCUGUGAAAUUGUGGCCACUCAGUAAAAAGACUAUGGGUUUCGAAAUGAUCUCGGAACAACAACUGUCUACUCUUCCCAAAAAAUUAUGCUGGCGAUUCAACCAUAAUGAACCUACAGAUUUAAUAGAUUCUGAAGCUGUACAGUUUUAUGGAGCUGAUCAAUUUUCUUUACAAAUCGACUCAAUCAUUAGAUCUGAUAUAUUUGUUGUUGGUGUGUUUGUUGAGACCCGAAGAACUUCAGGAACUAUCCUGAAAAUAAAUGUUGGCUCUGAAAGUGUUGAUUUAACCACAAAACUUGGUAAUGUAAGUCUGAAAGUAAAUGAUGUCACUUGUUUGGAGAUUCCUUGGUCAUAUAACGAUAAAUGGACAUCAGUCGUCCUCGAAUUUAGAGCAGAUGAAUUAAAACUAAACGUUGAGGACACUGGAAUACAACAUAGUUGUGGAGUAAGGAAUAUUACAAAACCAGCUGCAAUGUCACUGAAGCUGGGUGGAAUCCCGGACAGCUUUUUAGGAGAAAUGAGAUGCCUGGAAAUAUUUAAUGCAAGUAUUAUUGAAACAGGUUCAGCAAGAUCAGUUUUGCAAUUGGAAUGUUCUAAAAGCAAAGAUUUUACGCCAGGUCUUGAUCCUGUUCCGUCUGUUACAGCGUUAAAUGUAUGGAGAAUGGAUAACGAAACAAUAUUAAUAGAUAAACAGAUACAUGGCAUGGAAUUGCUCAAUUCCAACCAAUCACUCUAUUUUGAUGGAUCUAGUAGAUUACAUCUACUGAUAAACGUGUCUAUUCCGACGGAUGAAAUGAGUCUUGGAUUCUUCUUUAGACCAAUGGAAUACAGCAAAGGGGUGGUAUUACAGGACACAUCUUCAGAUUUCCACAUUUCAAUUGAUGAUCAGAGGUUGGUUAUAAAUACUAAAUCAUCUUGUGGUGCGGUCACCUUUACUGGUGUUACAGAUGGUGAUUGGCAUUGGUUGAUGAUUAAUAGAAUCAUCAGUUGUAAAUCUUUGAUAUUUGUUCUAGACGGCGAAGUGAAAUAUGCUCAUUCUAGCUGUUUUGAGACAUCAGGAUUGAUGGAAGUACGUCUCGGUGGUGAAGAAAGGUCCUUUAAUAAUUUUAGAGGUGAUCUAAGUUGUCUGGCCUUGUUUAAUACUGCUGUAGAUUGGGAGAUUGGUAACGAGUCUAUGAUACAGUCGUGUAAUAGUAACCUAAAGGAUGGACAUUUUGUAAUCGAAGGAGAGGAACUUUACCCCAACAGUAAAUUUGACAUGAUUGCUACCGACUCCUUUCCCUCAGACCAGGAUGGAAUGAUAAGUCAAUCAUAUGUAAAGUCGUCGUUAGAUUGUUCUAAAACCUGUUCAACAACCAGAUCUUGUAGAUCAUAUAGCUUAAUUAUUACUGAAACGUUCACAACAUGUACCCUUUUCGAUUUCAUAACUCUAGGUGGUUUAAAAGUAUCGGAAGGCUCAAAGUAUUAUGGCACACUUUAA